AUGCCACAACGUAAAUCUCCUGACACGGGUAAAUGUAAGGCCUCUCAUACCAGAAGCCUGGGUGGAUGCAAUACCUGCCGAAGAAGGAAAGUUAAAUGCGGAGAAGAAAGGCCCAAAUGUCAACGAUGCGCUAGUGCUGGAUAUGAUUGCAAAUACAACCUUGUCUUGAAAUGGCAGGAGGAAUUUGCUAGAAGAGGUGCAGCCUUUGGUCGAUCCGGCGUAUGGAAGAAACUUGACCACCAAAGAUCGACUUCGGAUGUUCAUCAUUCUCCUGCUGACAAUCUCUCGUCUGGAAUGGUUACACAGCGCUGCAUCCCGCACAUAUCACAUCAUCAUUUUGUAAACGGAACCGUCGAGAACUUUCACAGGAUGCUGUCAUGUGAUCAAGACGACCAAGCCGGCAUUGAACGUGAACUAAUGGAUUAUGCCGUCGAACUCACCACUCUUACUUCUCCUAGAUCGAAGUAUAUCACAGCCUUUACAGCAGUCCCUCCUAGAUACUUUGCCCCAUCUCCUAUCAUCCCAUCGUUUCCUCCUGAGGAUGACAUAAAUACAACUCUUCUGUUCCAAUAUUAUGUAAACCGUCUGUGUCCGCUAGCAACCCCCAAUCAGUCCACAGACUCACCAUUCGCGACAAUAGUUCUCCCUUUUGCAUUGAGUGCAUCGCAAUCUACCCUGCGAUCUCUUUUAGCACUUUCGGCGUGUCAUAAGAGCAAAACGGAUGCAUCCUGGGGACCGGUUGCCAUGCAGCUUAAGGCGCGGACUCUUCAUUUUUUGCGAGGGAGACUCAGCCAAGGAGACUCCGUAGAGAUAUCAAGAGACCCCGAAAUUAUUACUAUAAGUAUGAUCAUGUGCUUGUAUGAAAUCAUCAGUACAUGCGAUGAACAGUGGGUAGUCUACCUUCGAGGCGCGCGCGAUAUCAUCCGGAUCCGAAAACAAUUUCCACUACUGGCCACUGAAAAAAGCCAAUGGCAGCCCCUCCUUUCAUUCUCAGAACGCUUCUUCGCAUACCAGGAUGUCCUGGGACGAACAGCAUGUGCCGGUGUACCAAAUUUCAAGAGUUGCGCUUGGACAUCUAAAGCUCACGAAAUCGAUAUAUCGAUGGGCUGUUCCCCAAAACUCUUCCAUAUAUUAGAGUCAAUCACAGAUCUGAUCAAGCUGAAACGCAAAGACCCUAUGUGUGCUUCCGAGGAGUCAUUCAUCAACAAAGCGGCAGUUCUGGAGCAACGACUCGAUGGUCUCGUCCAGACCGUGCAUCAGGAUGACGAUCGUGUAAUUUUGCACUCGGCAGAACUGAAGCGUCAGGCGGCUAUCUUAUAUCUUCACUGCACUUUGUACGACGCAUCACCCAGCACAGUUUUGGUUGUCAGGCGAAUUCCUGAAAUUCUACAAAGCAUUUCGCUAUGCUUAGACAGUGGCCUUGUAACAAGUCUGACAUGGCCUGUUUUCGUUGCAGCAGUGGAACUCAAUCCACUAGAUGACAUGAUCAUUGUUAACAAUAGAUCUGUGUCUGGGAGAGCGUUCAUUCUCAGUACAUUAGCAGUAAUGUCAACCUGUACCAUUGCGAACCUCGAGAGGACUAGAUCAGUCAUUGUUGAUGUUUGGCAACGCAGAGAUUUGUCUCCGUUGGUAAACACAAUGCAAGGCAUUACAAGCGACUGGGAGAAGUAUGUUGAGCCUGUUAGUAUAAACUUAAGUCUUGGGUGA